CGUAGGACAGAAAAGGUCGCUCGUGUGAGCGCUCCUGGACUCGAAUCCCACAGUUCUCUCGUUCAGAUGUUCCGGAGCGCAAUGCGCAUGCAGUUCUCGGCUCGCUCGUGCUGAAGCAAGCUCCUCUAGAUUCAUGCUCGUGGAUCAGAAUCUGGGUGCUUCCAUGACGAACUCCACACGAUGAGCCGCUCUAAACUCGCAUCGAGAAGCUUGUCGUUAGACGACCUCAAUUCGCUGCUGCAAAGAUGCAUGAAAGCCAAGUCCUCGUCACUGUCCAGGCAAGCCCAUGCCAUGUUGAUCACCACCGGGGCCGGUCGCUCCUCCCCGUCCCUGAGCUCGACCCUCGUCGGCUCCUACGGGAGCUGCGGCGACUCGGGCUACGCGAAGCUCGUGUUCGGCGCGAUUCGGCACCCCAGCGUGUUCGCGCUGAACUGGAUGGUCUCGAUCUCGGCGUUCAAUGGGGAUCACGAGGAGGCAUUUGGGUACUUCGCUUCGAUGCAGAAACUGGGUCGGACGUGCAAUAGGUUCACCUUCUCCAUCGUGCUCAAGGCUUGCAUUGCCGUGAUGGAUGUAUUCAAGGGGAGAGAAAUUCACGGUGUUGUGUGCAGAAUGUAUUUACGAGAUGACGUGUCUGUAGCGAAUUCUUUGAUAGAUAUGUACGGUAAAUGCGGGAGGUUGGAUCUUGCGCGUAAGGUGUUUGACAAGAUGUUUACAAGAGAUGUAGUUUCUUGGACGUCGAUGAUUUGUGGGUAUUGCCAUGCGGGGAAGAUGGAAAAGGCUGUCGAGCUGUUCGAGCGAAUGAGAAGGGAAGGGCUAGAACCAAAUGCCUUCACGUGGAACGCGAUGAUAGCUGGUUACGCUAGGACCGGAGAUAGAAAUGGGACGAUGGCACUCUUGAAUGAGAUGAAAAAUGAGGGGCUGAUUCCCGAUCUGGUCACUUGGAAUGCAUUGAUUUCUGGUUUUGUUCAGAGCAACCAAGUCCACGAAGCUUUGAAACUUUUUCAGGAAAUGUUGGUGUCGGGGGUUAAACCAAAUCAAGUCACGGUCACAGGUCUUCUCCCAGGAUGUGGAUCUACGGUUACAAUAAACAGAGGGAGAGAAAUUCACGGUUUGAUAUACAGAAUGGGACUUGAUGUGAAUGUAUAUGUAGUUAGUGCUCUUAUUGACAUGUAUUCAAAAAGUGGGUGUGUCAAGGAUGCUUCCAAUGUUUUCGACAUGGUAACUGUCAAGAAUGUGGCUUCCUGGAAUGCAAUGAUAGGGUGUUAUGGCAAGCAUGGCAUGGUUGAUCGGGCUCUUCAGCUUUUUGAGGGAAUGAAGGACAGACAGAUUCGGCCAAAUGAAGUGACUCUUGUUUCCAUUCUUUCUGCUUGCAGUCAUGGUGGCUUACUAGAGAAAGGUUUACAAAUUUUUAGAUCCAUUAAAGAGGAUUAUGGUGUUAGUCCCCGAAAAGAACACUACGGUUGUGUGGUUGACCUUUUGUGCCGUUGUGGUAGGAUGACAGAAGCUUACAAUUUGUUGAAGGAGAUGCCCGUAGAUAUCACCGAUUCAAUGCUUGGAGCCUUUUUUAACGGGUGCUCGAUUCAUGGAAGAAAUGAUUUGGCUCAACUAGUUGCAGAUGAUAUUGCAAACAAGACGUUGAAAAGACCUGCGGGUCUUGUGACACUGUCGAAUAUUCUUGCAGCCGGUGGAGGAUGGGAGGGGGUCGAGAAUGUUCGAGAUGUGAUGAGGGAGAAAAGGAUCCAUAAGAAACCUGGCUACAGUUGGAUUUAGAAGAGGGAUAGGACAGAGUCUAUCGGACCAGGAACGAGCCGUUACAGGACGGCAGACUGCUCUAGUCAACUUCUACUGCGAAGAAGCUCGAGUAUCGGACGGAACACGCAGAACCUAUCGUAAAGCACCAGAGCAGAAGAUUGAAGAUACAUGUCCACUGUUCUGGAUCGCGGUUUUCGCUCCUCUUAGAUCGUCAUUCCUGACAACUCGUUUUUGUCAGAAGGUGAAGCAUGUGACCCAUUGCAGGAACAAACUGCAAGCAAAAGAACCUGCAGAUUCUCUUCUGUGAUAGGUAAUGCUCAUGGUAUCUGCAGACGACAAAAUUCCGGUGAUGCUGGUUGUAGUUCAGGCCCCGAAGAGACGCUUCAUCAGGGAACCAUUGUCUCGGUUGGACAGCAUCAGAACAAGAAAAAUUUUAGUCGUAGGUGUUUCUGGAUCGCAAUUACAACGGUCCUUUCUUAAAUCAAUAUCUAUCUUCUUUUGCUCUAUACA